AUGGCCAACCAAAGCCUAUUGAUGUGUAACCGCAGGGCGGCGUCCUUCAUAUAUUCUCCUCUGCUGAGGUCAGCAUCCACGGGGCUGCACCGCCAACAUGGAGGGAGCAUCAAACAAGUGUUUCUUUCUGCUUUAUUGCUACGUCAGCUGCAAUACUGGAGACUUUAUCUACUGGCCGUGGCGCUGGGAGUCGGCGGGUCCUUUCAGUACGGGAUCCAGGUGUCGGCCGUCGCUGCUCCAGCAGAGCACGUUAAGAGCUUUGUCAACCGCACGUGGCUGCUGAGGUACCACGCCCCCAUGGAUGACUCCACCAAUCAGCUCAUCUGGUCCUUCAUCGUGGCCGUGCUGAGUUUGGGGGCGUGGCUCGGCGCCAUCCACAGCGGAAGCCUGCCCGUCAAAUACGGCCGGAAAAAAACGCUGCUGUUCAACAGCGCGGUGGCCGUGCUGGCCGCCUUACUGAUGCUCUUCAGUCGCAUGGCCGAGUCUUUUGAGAUGAUUUUGCUGGGCCGCUUUCUCUUCGGAUAUAAUGUUGGUCUUGGCGUGAGCGUGCAUCUCAUGUACUUGGGUGAAAGCUCUCCGAAGGAACUGAGAGGCUUUAUGACCCUCACCGGCUCCAUGUUUAUCGCUUUCGGGAAGGUCAUGGGUCAAAUCAUCGGAAUCAAGGAGAUAAUGGGCACUGAGGAAAUGUGGCCCUUCCUCUUGGCCAUCAGCGGUAUUCCCGCCAUCGUGCAGUUGGUGGUGCUUUCCUUCUUCCCUGAAUCUCCUCGGUACCUUUACAUCGACAAAGGAGACUCUGAAGGCAGCAAGAAAGCGCUGCAGUGGCUGUGGCAGGAAGAUGACUUAAAGCUGGAGCUGGAAGACAUGGAGAAAGAGCGUGAGGGCGCUCGAGGCGAGCCGGCGAAGACGGUGAAGGACGUGCUGAGCCAUCGCAGCGUCAGGUGGCAGCUGCUGACUCUGACCAUCCCCUGCGCUGGCGUCCAGUUCUGUGGCAUCAAUGCGCUUUAUUUCUACGCCUUUGACAUCUUCCGGGAGUCAGGGGUGCCCCAGGAGCAGAUGAAUUACUUGGCGAUUGGGUUAGGCGCAAUGGAGCUCAUCACUGUGACGCUGUGUUCCUUCAUCAUCGACCGUGCGGGCCGGAAGAAGCUGAUGGGCUAUGGCUACUUAAUGAUGGGGGUCACCAUGACUCUUCUUACCGCCAUGCUGUCCAUCAAGGAUAGGUAUUCAUGGAUUCCAUAUUUAAACAUCGCUCUGAUCUUUUGUGUCAUCUGCAUGUAUGGAUUUGGACCCUCCGGAGUGACUAUGGCGCUUCCCUCGGACCUCUUCCUGCAAGCAUGGCGUCCCCCCGCUUUUGUCAUCAGCGGCACCGUCAACUGGCUCAGUUUGUUCCUGGUGGGCAUGUGUUUCAGCUACGUGGUGGACGGGCUGGGUCAGUACUGCUUCCUGAUCUUUGUGGCCUAUUGCCUCUUUAGUUCGGCCUUCAUCAUCUACUUGGUGCCCGAGACCAAGGGAAAGACCAUGGUGGAAAUUAUGGAGGAUUUCAACAAGCUUAACUACAAGAACAGAGACAUUGAAGUGGCCACUAAGUUGUAA